AUGUAAACGCGUACGGUUCGUUGAGUGAUACUGAUAUUAACGUUGAUUUUUGUGUACUCGUUGAAUAUGUUAUUUAUUGUUAUCGAAUUCCCUCUAACCUAUAACUUUUUCAGAAACAUGAAAUAAAUCCAUAGAAAUGAUAAAAACGUAAAAAAUUAUUAAUUCGUGAAAUUUCGUUUAGUUGUAAAAGUGGCAUAACUUAUACUAAACAGUGGUUAAUACUAAAAUAAGUUUUGUUUCAAAAGUAAAAAUAGCAGUAAGCAGAUUGCAGAACAGUUGAAAAUAUCUACCUUCGACCAUUUGUACCUAGAAUCAAUACAGGACAUGGGGAAGUACUGUCUGAUUUUAUUAUUACCUUUGGCAGUGUGGGCUGGUAGAUCACCUGCCGCGGUGUUCGAAGAUGUAUAUGAACUAGGCCGUCCAAAUGCAUCCUUUUUGGCAACAACGGAAAGCUGGAACGGCAUGAAGGCAUACUUGAGGAAAAAAUAUCGUCAAAUGCAAGAACCACUUCAACAAGCAUCAAUGAUCGCUGCUUACACCGCUGCUCAUGAACGAUACCAAAACUCAGAAGAGAAACAACAUGACCGUGUUCGUAUCGAAAACAUGGGUAAACUAGCAUCAGUACGUACAAAACGAUUGGGUAAUCUUCCAUCAGCUGUGCGAAACUCAAAAAUGAUAGAUAUUGUUCCACGAGAAAUGAUCAAGUUUGAAUUGUCGGAUGCUGUAGCUUACUCUUUUAACUAUGACUCGCCUUUACACGCUUCACAUUGCCCAAAAUCUCGAACAAAAAGAGAAAAACAAGAGAAACGAAUGGAACCAAUUCCAAGAGAAAUAUUACGAUUUGAUUUGAGUGAUGCAGUAGUUUCUAAAUUGAAAAAUAACGCUAAUUCAACGACAAGUAUUAGACACCGACGGUCAGCUAGUCCCGAUCCACGCGAUUACGUUAAAUUCGAAUUGGAAGAUGCCAAGACUUAUAAUGGCUAUGCAAACGCCAAAGCAAAUGCAACAGAAAAUUUGCGACACCCCUUUACGUCAUCGGAUAUUUACAGACGUGGAAAGGUGUUUGAUGAAGCAUUCGAACGUCCAAAGGCAAAUGUACAGAAAAAUGGAGCAAGUAAGAAGGAAAAACGGGAGAGUAUAGAACCGAUGGAUAAAGAUGAUGCUAGGGAUAUGAGCUCUGAAGAGUCUCGACGCAUUAAAAUCACAGGGAAAAAACAAAAGCAAAGUGCCAAUUAUGAGGAUCUUCCUGUUGGUAUACAAAAAGCCAUAGACAUAGCAAUUAAAGCAAAUGAGCGCAUUAAUGGAAAAGGCGGUGAUACGAUUUUGAAAACAGCAGCUUUGCAAUCUACAUCAAAAUACUUCUUUGGUGAUAAAAAACCGAAAACUAAAAAUUCAUUCAUUACAACGCCAAAACCAAAUAUUAACCUAUCAGAUAUUGAGCAGCCUGUGGUAGAAGAAACAUCAAAUGGUCAAACCGAUAUUAUUUCAAGCAGCCCAUUGGAAACAGAAUCGGGAACGAUGUCGGACACCAUCAAUUUAAAAAAUACAAAAGACUCAUCCCUGCAAGGUAUCCCAAAAGCCUGGUGGUCUUUCUCUGAUUUGCAACGACCGAAACGAUUAUACCAGAAGGUUCCACUCUCGCCGCUGGCCGUAAGUUCACAGUAUGUAAACACAUUCAAGCCGUCCAUCGAACAAAGCAAGAUGAAUGAUCUUUCACCAGGUUAUCAUCGUCAACAGGAUCUAUUUUCCCCUGUUACUUCAUCAAACACAGAAACAGCUGCUCUAUCUGACCUUGACAGUUACAGAACAUCCGUAUCAAUUAUUCCACAAGAAGUGAUCAUUAAAGAACGACCAAAGAUUCAGUACGUUAUUAAAGAGAUACCAGUAUCAAAGCAAAUGAAACACCAGCGUACAAAAAUAACAAUGCAACCUAGCAUUUCGAUCUCUUACGGUCAGGAUAUCUCAAACCCUAGGAAAGAAAGUGUUAUUAAUCGCACCUAUGACAAAGUUUAUAUACCAACCAAAGCCGAAUAUGGACAUCGUAAACCCGUAGAAGAACCAGUUCACUCAUUUCAAAACAUGAAAUUUUUAGUGCCUGAUUAUAAAGAAGAAUCUCACACACAACAUUACUUUGAUAGUAACAAAAAUAAUCAAAUAUUUCAGACAGAACAACCAUCCUCAGUACAAAUGAAUGAACUCAAUUCUUCUCAAGGGAAUAUUGCAGCCUUAUCCGCUUUAAUUGGACAACAACCAAACGCGCAAUUAAAGGGACUAAAUCAACUAUUGAAUACGCCUCUUUCAAUGACACAAAAUGACCAACAGCAUCGACCGCAAGAUAGCACAGCUCCAGUAACAUUUCCGGAAACAUCCACUAUGAGACCAAAGCCAUUUCGACCGAGUUAUCGAUCGAUACAAGUCAAUCACGAAUCAAACAUUAUUUACGACGACAAUUAUCAUCACGCAUUGCAAAUAGAUCCUCAUUUACAAUUUGAUUUGAAGAAAGAAUAUACGCCGAUUCAGGAAGAAACUACAGAUGUUUCCGAAUCUGAACUUAUAGGGCCUGCUGUUGCAACUGCUAGUUAUGCAGCAAAUGUUGUUGGAUCGCAGAAACCAAUAAAAUUUAGAAUAGCAGAACAUCAGAAAUUCAAUGAAGCAGAAGCUGGUCACGAAACAAACACAUAUCGCCACAUUAAAGGCCACAGUCCACCUGACUCUCCUAACGAUAAAUCAAUGUCGCGCCAUCACCUGGAACAGCAUCAUACUUAUCACGAUUCCAGAAAAGAGCAUUAUGAUGGAAUAAAUUCCGAAGGAUAUGCUUUCGGUUACAGAGUACGCGAUUUUCAUACAGGAAAUGAUUUCGGUCACAUACAGAAUCAUGACAACGGUGUAACGCGUGUUUCGGUGCGCGACAUGGCUGGUUGAUGACCAUAACAGAUAACGUUGAACUAACGGCACAUACUAUCCCGCUGCGCAAAGCGAUUGAAAACUUGUCAGCCUCUCGCUCAAUCCCACUCGACAAACAAGUGCUCGAAUUUGCAUACAACUCCCUAAUUUUGUGUCACCAAACCUUGGAAUAUAAAAAAAAUGAAGACGUUUUCGUUCGGACUGGGGGUAAAAUUAGAGGAUAUGAGAACAGGCUUUUGCGUGUGAAUGUACGCGACCUUGAUUUACAUGUAUUGGUGAGGUACGAGAGUUUUUAUGUAUGUAGUUGUCAUAUCAAUUUUCUUUCGGGGCCAAAUGAAAUGUCACGUUUGAAUUCAAAGAAUUUAAGAGAUCGUAUUGUUCACUAGAUUCACUUCGUGUAGAGCCUCUCAUUGUUUGACAAAAAAAGCUUAACUGGUCGAUAUAGAUUUGGUCGAUACACAAGGUAAGACAAUACUUAUAGGAUACGUUUAAAUACAAAUCUAUAAAACAAACUUUUUUAGAUGGAGGACAAAAACAACAACGUGUCAGUACCAACUGAUUUGGCAAAAGAAUGUAUGAUGUUACGCUGAAUGGUAGCUCAGCUAAAGGUCCAGAACGAAGUGAUGAACAACAAGCUCGAUGUUCUGACCGGGAUGAUGCAACAACUGUUGGCGAAUCAAAACACCUGCUUGAACCUCACGGAUAAAACCCCUUUGCCAACCUUUUGCACAGUGGAGUCCAUUGAGGAGAUAAAUACCCUGCAGGAGAUGCUGAAAAAAAAGUACCGUGAUGAAUUUGUGCAAUGGGUGAAACAAAAUAUUGCAGAGGGCGAUUUUAAACAACGUGCUUGUGAAGCUCUUCACUUAAUCCUAGGGCCUAACAUUUUAUUGCAAUGUUCGUGGACAGGAAAAGCAAAAGUAGGAGAUAAAAUACCGUUGUGUAAAUACAAAAAUAAAGUACUAGUUAUACAAGAAUUAGUAGGAAAUUGCUCAGAUAAGACAUUAAAAGAUUGGAUUCAGCUGAAAUCAAAUCAUAGUGAUAAUUUAAAACGAAACAAAUACAUAAAUAAGUCUAGUUGCCAUAAGCCGAGAUCCAGUAGUGUGUAAAUAGUAGAAGAUAAGUAGAUUAUCAUUCUUAAAAUUAGUGGGAGCUCUAUUAUAAUCUAGAUAAACUAUUUAAUUAGAAUUAGAACAUCAAAACAGAAUUCAAAUGCAAUAAUACUCACUUCUUAGAGUUGUGUAAAUGCACUAUAUAGAAUUAUGAAAUAAAUCCUUGAUAUGAGCAAUGUUCCAAAGAGCUGUACAAAAGUGAUAAUAUUGCAUUAUUACUGAAUAUAAAGUAAAAGAAGUAAAUUGUAGAAAUGAAACAAUAAAUGUUAACUUACCUCUUAUUUAAAAAACAAGCGGAACUGUUGAGGCUGGAUGAAAUGCCGUAGUAAGCGCAGUUGUCACGUAAGGGGAUAGCUUUUC